UCCUCAGUCUACAUCCAGCUAUCGCAUAGUUCAAAUAUAUCUGAAAAACGCGCAGUGAAAUAUUCCUUAAAAUUGAUAAAGAAAAGUGAAAUCGUAUAUAAAUAGUUAUUUAAGUUAUCGAACGAAAUGCCGGCUAGAUCUAAAAUCAGUAACUCUGCUAAAGAGCCAAAAAGUGGUAGUGUUGAAAAAGCUUUAAAGGAUUUGACAGCUCAAAGCGGUGUCAAAACAGAUGGGGAGUCUCAAGAUGUGGCAGAUCCACCGAAGAGGGCAUCCAGAAGGUCCUCCAAGCGCCUAGAAGCUGAGGUGGGGUCUACUGACGGCUCUAGUCCAGUUAAGUCGACUUGCAAACGGCGGAGAUCGCAAUCAAGCACAAAUAAUUCGCAGCUUUCUGAGCUGGAAUCUAAGCGAAAACCCCGAGUGGCGGCAAGUGGUAAGAACAAAGACUCUCCCGAUUCCACAGGGAGCACUGCAUCCAGGGACGAAACUGAGAAGCCCUCCCAAUCAAGAAAUUCGAGAGGUACCACUCGUGGACCGCCGCAGAGGAGCCGCCAAAGCUACGCCAGAAAGAGCAAAACCAGCCAGGAAGCAAAAGCCAGCCAGGCUGCCCCUUCAACCUCUUCGGAAGCCACCAUUACAGUCAGCCCAGGGGCAGUGAAAGGACAAGCGAAUGCAUCAAAUGCUGGGCCUGUCCUGGCAACCAUAGACCAAGAGAAGAAUCUGCUCAAGGAGAAUCUGGGAAAUGCCUUGAUGGAUAGAAUGUUUAAGGAUAAUAUCAUCAAGCCGAAUCUUGGCAAGCAGAACCAGGUGAAGAAUCUAGUGAACAAUAAUGUGAGAGAGGAAAGCAAAGUCGGGAAGAACCUUCAGGGUGAAUGGCGAUCAGGUUCAUCUGGCUCUCCAACUAAAAUCGCUCAGCCAGACCUGUCACCUGUAACAGAAAACUCAGAUCAAUCAGAAGGGGAGUUAACGACGAAGAAAAAACGCACUCAGAAAAAAGUUCGUCCGGAGAAGCGCACUGUCAAUGGCAGUUCUGAUACUACGAACGGCUUGGCCAACUCCGAUCCAAGUGAGUUGGCGGCUACUACCCUUGGACGCAAGAAACGCGGUCGCAAGGAUGUCACGCCAGAAGAUUCUCAAGCCCAGCGACGUAUCCUUCACACAAACAGGGAUCUGAUGCGUCUGGCCGAAGCCGAUUCCUGUUCCAUGUACAAAACAAUGUACGAACCAGAGCCACCAAAGUCUGCCAUUAGCUCCUUCAACCUGCAUGACAUGAAAAUGGAGAUAGCUAAAGAACAGCAAAUGCUAGUGGAUACCACUCCUUUGGACAAACAGGAGGCUGCCCCUCCCUUGGACAAACAGGAGGGUGCCCCUCCCUUGGACAGUUUCGCAGCACUUGACGCUGAACUGGAUCAGAUUUUCCGGGACUCCACUGUGAGUGAACAACGCCCUAAUAAUAGCCCUCUGAAUAUAGACUUCGCUGUCGAGUUUGGGAUAGAGCCGUCGGACAAUUACACUAGUCCGGACGACAAAGAACUGGAAGCCCGACUGCAGGCCGAACUAGAGGCGCUUAUUCCUACCGAGGUGGUUCCUGCCGAAGCAAAACCGCCAGCUGCACCAGAGACGGUCCAAGCAUUCAUGCCAUCGCCUAGGCGCAUGACCACAGAGGCUGAUAUAGACGCACGGUUGCAAGCGGAGCUAGACUCUCUGCCUAUGAUUGAGGCUGACUCCCAGCCUGGCGAGGAAUCCCUUGAUGAUAUUCUAAGCUCAAUCUUUAGCGAGGUGCAGGCUUUGCCCCCUGUGGCUGCUCCUGCGUCGGUGGUUUCUGCACCCGCACCCGUGGUUGCUGGUCCUUACAGUAAACCUGGUUUAAUGACAGUACCAAUCCCAGCCCCAAGUCGUGCGGGACAUAAUUCUAUUAACGUAGGUAGGAACGUUGCGGCUCCGGUGACCCUAUCCAGGGCGCCAAUACAUCAGCGUGGCGGCGUGGCCCACCAGAUGCCGAUCGUCACUCGAUUGAAGAGUGUGCAGGGCGACGACAUAUCCGUCUCUUACACCACGGGACCGGAUGGUCUCGUAACAAAUGUGGCCAUGCUACAGCCACCGCCCAACAGGAUGGGACAGCUGAGGAAGGGCAAAGAAUUGGGCAGCUUUACAGCCAGCCAGUUGCAUAUGAUUAUGCAGAGCUCCCAGCCCUACUUGGCCUUGCCGAUGACCGUGACCGGAUGCCCUAACAUUGCCAUGUCAGAACCCCUCAGAUCCAGAGAUACCAUUACAGGCGCCUUCCUUGCCCCCGAACAAGCCGUCGAGGACGAGGAGGUGGAUUAUGAGGAAAUUGGAGUUGCUGAUACCUUCGCCGAGUACUGGCCUAGCAAGCUGAAGUUCGGAAUGGCCCACCCGGAUCCGGUUGUCGAGACGGCCACACUUUCCUCAGUCGAGCUCCCCGAUAUAACUUACCAGCUAUCCCUUCCCGAUAAAACUACGGCCUCGCUGAGUGCCCUGCAGUUGGAGGCAGUGGUGUACGCCUGCCAAGCUCAUGACCAAAUACUCCCCAGCGGCGAGCGAGCCGGGUUCCUCCUGGGUGAUGGCGCUGGCGUGGGCAAAGGCCGCACAAUCGCAGGCAUAAUAUUUGAUAACUACCUCAAGGGCAGGAAACGAGCCCUGUGGGUUUCCGUUUCGAACGAUCUGAAAUUCGACGCCGAAAGAGACUUCUACGACAUCGGAGCCCUGGACAAAAUCGACCUGGUGGCAAUAAGCAAAUUCAAGUACAGUCGCAUCGACUCUGAUGAGAACGAGAACUUCAAGAAAGGGGUGAUCUUUUGUACCUACACUGCCCUCAUUGGUGAAUCCCUAACAGCCAACUCCAAAUACAAAACACGACUGAGACAGCUGAUGAACUGGCUUGGUAAGAGGUUUGACGGCGUCAUAGUUUUCGACGAGUGCCACAAGGCUAAGAAUCUAAGUCUGAUGAACGUGGGAAAAUCCACCAAGACGGGCACUACAGUGCUGGAACUGCAAAAGCUGCUGCCCAAUGCCCGGGUUGUCUACGCCUCUGCCACGGGAGCAAGCGAGCCUAGGAACAUGGCUUACAUGGUGCGUCUGGGCCUCUGGGGACCUGGAACUGCCUACCCCGAGUUUUACGAAUUCGUGAACGCGGUGGAGAAGCGCGGCAUAGGAGCCAUGGAGAUCGUCGCCAUGGACAUGAAACUGAGGGGCACCUACAUCGCCCGCCAGCUGAGCUUCAAGGACGUGAGCUUCCGCAUCGAAGAGGUGCCAAUGUCGAAAGAGUUCCGUCGUAGCUACAACUUGGCCGCCGAGCUCUGGGCCGAAAUCAACAAAAAGUUCCAAAAAGCUUGUCGGCUAAUGUGCGUCGAGAAUAGAGUGCAAAAGAUUAUCACGUGCCAGUUCUGGUGCGCCCAUCAACGCUUCUUCAAGAACCUUUGCAUCGCCUCGAAGGUGAACCAUGUGGUCAAGAUGACGCGUCAGGCCACCCGAAUGGGCAAGGCGGUGGUCAUCGGCCUGCAGUCGACGGGAGAGUCACGCACCUUGGAGCACUUGGAGAGACAUCAUGGGAAACUGAACACCUUCGUUUCCACGUCGAAGAUGAUCAUACAGUCCUUCGUGGAGAAACACUUUCCGGCUCCCAAGCGCGACUCCUUCCACCAUCUGCUGAACACAGGGGAAUUCGAGCCAGAGGCCCGGUCCCGACCCCCACGUCCCAAGAAGGCCAAGAUGAAUCCUGACUGGUUUGAUGACGACAUGGACGCUGAGGCGGGCGAGAGCGACAUCGAGAUGUACGAAAACAGCUGGACCUCCGAAGACGAGCGGACCAAGGCAGGACGAAAGCGCCGUGGACGCCCACCGAAAGUGGAUAAAGUUGAGAAAAUCACGAUGCAGGAGCGCAUAUUGCAGCACUUGUGCAACAACAUGCGGGCCCAGGACAACGGAGGCGAGUCGAGCUACACAUUCGACAAUACAAAGCCGCAGAAGGCCAACAUAACCGAACGUGACGUGGAGCGCUGCAUCAAUUCACGUGAGCUUCUGCUAGAGAAGAUCGAAAUCUUGGGCCGCCGCAUGCCAGCUAAUACUCUUGACAAACUGAUCUCUGAGUUGGGCGGAACUAACUUAGUGGCAGAAAUGACCGGACGGCGAGGACGCGUGGUGCGAACAGAGUACGAUGGGUACAAGUACGAGCCCCGUUGCGAGAACGAUGCCUCCAUGGAUCUGGUUAACUAUCGGGAGAAGCAGCGAUUUAUGGACGGCAGCAAGCACGUGGCCAUUAUUUCGGAAGCCGCUUCCAGUGGCAUCUCUUUACAGAGCGACAAACGGGUGUCCAACCAGCGCCGGCGUCUACACAUCACUCUCGAGCUGCCGUGGAGCGCCGAUCGGGCAAUCCAGCAGUUCGGACGAACUCACCGUUCCAAUCAGGUAAACUCGCCAGAGUACGUAUUUGUGAUUACAGACCUGGCCGGCGAAAGACGCUUCGCCUCGACGGUGGCCAAGCGCCUGGAAAGCCUGGGAGCCCUCACUCAGGGCGAUAGACGAGCCACCGAUGCAAGGGACCUCUCCCAGUUCAACAUCGACAACAGCAUUGGCCGCAGUGCCCUCGAGAAUGUCAUGCAGCAGCUGACCGGAGACAAAACACUGGACAUCUCGCACCUGCCCACCAACUACAAAGGCGACUUCGCCUACGACUGCGGCGUGGCAAUGGCCGGAGUGGGCAUGUUGAAUGUCCGGGACGAGAACAAGGUCAAGAUAUUCACCGUGGAGAAGGACAGCAACAACAUAUCGAAGUUUCUGAAUCGCAUUCUCGGCUGUCGUGUGGAGAUCCAGAACGCUCUCUUCAAGUUCUUCCUGGACAAGAUGUACUCCCUGAUUUUGCAAAUGAAACGCUCGGGACGCUUCGAUCUCGGCAUACUCGACCUGGACGCCCACGGGGCCAGCGUAAAGUCCGUAAAGUUAAUGAGAUUCACUCGAAAACAUGCCACAGGAACAGCUGCUACUGAACUACACACAGUCACUGUAGAGAGGGGAAUGUCCUUUGAAACCGCCCUGAACAAGUUCCGCAAGGAAGCCCGCCAUGACCACGACGGUUUUUAUGUACUUCAGCAGUUGCGGCAUAAUAAAAACUCCUCGAUUUUGUGCCUUCAGGCGAAGGCCAAUUCGACGGAUCCUGCGCCAACCUCACCCAGCAAGAUCAGCCUACAGAUCUACCGCCCGAAUACCGGCCCACAAGUGCGUCUGGAGACACUCAGCUCGAUUAAAACGCGCUACGUAAAGGUUACCCCGGAGGUGGCGCGUUCCUUGUGGCAGGAGCAGUACGACAUGUGCUUGAAUAACUGCUCCCACUAUUUUUGGAACCGCGUAUGCCCCUAUCCCGUUGGCUGCGAAGUGGGCCUUCGGGUGCGCACCUACCACGUCCUCUCCGGCCUUAUGCUGCCCAUCUGGGACCGCAUUGAGCUGGUCAUCGAGAAGAACGGACACAAGAUUCAGAUCAUUCGCGUCAAGACCGAUGUGAACAAGAAGAUCGUGGGCACCGUGGUGCCGCACACCGUCUACAACGCUCUGGUGGCCGAUUUGUCCACGGACUCUCUGGUGGAAAGCUUUUAAAUCGACACACAGAAGGCCCUGAAGCAUGCCACACAAAAUAAUGGCACACAAUCCCCACAUAUAAAACACUCGAUUGCGCAAGCUCCAGGCAGCUUCUAUUGCCACUUUAAAAAUAUCAACUCAAAUUG